GGCAGUUAACCAAGAUGGCGGUGGCAGCUGCAGCCGCGAGGGUCCGGGGGCUACGUCGAGGCCUGUGCCAGGCCGGCCUCCUGUUCCUGCGGCGGCCCGGAGCCCGGGGGUUGGCCAGAUGUCACCCCCAGAGGCAGCAACAGCACUUCUCCUCCCUGGAUGACAAGCCCCAGUUUCCGGGGGCCUCAGCGGAAUUUAUAGACAAGCUGGAGUUCAUCCAGCCCAACGUCAUCUCGGGAAUCCCCAUCUACCGCGUCAUGGACCGGCAGGGCCAGAUCAUCAAUGCCAGCGAGGACCCCCACCUGCCCCAGGAGAAGGUGCUCAAGUUCUACAAGAGCAUGACCCUGCUCAACACCAUGGACCGCAUCCUGUACGAGUCCCAGCGGCAGGGCCGGAUCUCCUUCUACAUGACCAACUAUGGCGAGGAGGGGACGCACGUGGGGAGCGCCGCGGCCAUGGACAACACGGACCUGGUGUUCGGCCAGUACCGGGAGGCAGGCGUGCUGAUGUACCGGGACUACCCCCUGGAACUCUUCAUGGCCCAGUGCUACGGCAACGUGAACGACAUGGGCAAGGGGCGCCAGAUGCCGGUCCACUACGGCUGCAAGGAGCGCCACUUCGUCACCAUCUCCUCUCCCCUGGCCACGCAGAUCCCGCAGGCCGUGGGGGCCGCCUACGCAGCCAAGAGGGCCAACGACAACCGGGCCGUCAUCUGCUACUUCGGCGAGGGCGCGGCCAGCGAGGGGGACGCGCACGCCGGCUUCAACUUUGCCGCCACCCUGGAGUGCCCCAUCAUUUUCUUCUGCCGGAACAACGGCUACGCCAUCUCCACGCCCACCUCCGAGCAGUACCGCGGGGAUGGCAUCGCGGCGCGAGGCCCUGGCUACGGCAUCAUGUCGAUCCGCGUGGAUGGCAACGACGUGUUUGCCGUGUACAAUGCCACCAAGGAGGCCCGGCGGCGGGCUGUGGCCGAGAACCAGCCCUUCCUCAUCGAGGCCAUGACCUACAGGAUCGGGCACCACAGCACCAGUGACGACAGCUCCGCGUACCGCUCGGUGGACGAGGUCAACUACUGGGACAAGCAGGACCACCCCAUCUCGCGGCUGAGGCACUACCUGCAGGGCCGCGGCUGGUGGGACGACGAGCAGGAGAAGGCCUGGAGGAAGCAGUCCCGCAAGAAGGUGAUGGAGGCCUUUGAGCAGGCCGAGCGGAAGCCGAAGCCCAGCCCCAGCCUGCUGUUCUCCGACGUGUAUCAGGAGAUGCCCGCCCAGCUCCGCAAGCAGCAGGAGUCCCUGGCCCGCCACCUCCAGACCUACGGCGAGCACUACCCGCUGGAGCACUUUGACAAGUGAGGCCCACUGACCCCACCCCAGCACGAGCGAGCGCAGGGAGGAGCUGACGCGACCCGCCCGUCCCCCAGCGCGCUCCCUCCCAGAUGCUCACGGGUCGGGGCUGUGCCCACGUCCGCCAUGGGACUCCUGCUUCUCCAGGCUGUUACAUUUGCGGGGGACUCUGUCAGCCCCCUCUUCA